UUCCUUAGACUCACUGAAAAUUGACUUCAUUUCAGUUUAUGUAAACUCAUUAAGUGGAUGCUUACUGGAACUUGCUUUUAAAACGUUUUAAAAAUGAACCUAUUACACCUUGUGGUUAGCUUAAUUGCCGCUCUUCAAAUUAAUCAUGGGAUAGUCCGAGCAGCCUUAAACGAGUCUGAUAGUAGUCGGAUGAUUUCCGACUUGAUAACCUCAAGAGGUUUCAUCCAUGAGCCGCAUUAUGUGACUACACAGGAUGGCUACAUUUUGGGCAUCCAUCGAAUGAUUAACCCGUUUAGUAAAAAGUAUAUUCCAGGUAAACCGAAACCGAUACUUCUUCAAUGUGGCCUUCUCUGUUCUGGAUCCGAGUUUCUUGAUAAUUCAGACAGCGGUUUCCUCAAUGAAUCAAUGAUUGCUUCUCGUCAUGAACUUCACUCCAUUGACUUUCAAUCAGAGGGAAGCAACUUGGGCUUCCUUUUGGCCAAUCUUGGUUUCGAUGUUUGGUUUUUCCAUCCAAGAGGCAAUGUUUACUCGCGAAAUCACACCACCCUGAACCCCGAUUCAGAUAAAAGCUAUUGGGAAUUUACUUGGGAUCAAAUGGCUACAAUUGAUCUUCCAGCAACUUUUGAACACAUCAUUGAGUACACUGGACAAACAUCUGUUGGUUAUAUCGGCUAUUCUCAGGGUGGAACUACGAUCUUUGGACUUUUGGCAGAGCAACCUGAAUAUUCGGCCAAAAUUGUACCCAUCAUUGCCAUUGCUCCAGCAGUUCGACUCGACAAUUAUGCUGGUCUUCCCUUCCAGUCCAUCAUUGAAACUCCCCUCGUAAUGAACUAUGUAAUGAACAGAGGCGGUGAAUGUUUUGGUUUUAUGGGUGACAAGCAAACAAAAAUAUGUGAAGAAAAUCCAAUCAUGAAGGUGGUCUGCAAUUUUAUUGCCUUCAACUUGUUGACCGUUAAUAAAGCUCAAGUUGAUCCUGACCGAGUUUCCGUUUUCAUAUCACAUAUUCCUUCUGGUACUUCUUGUUGGGACAUUUUACAUCUUGUCCAGUUGAUGAAGAAUAAAAAUUUUGCCAAAUUUGACUUUGGAAGGGCAAAGAAUCUAAUCAAAUAUAAUUCAACUUCACCACCACUUUAUGAUUUAAGUAAAGUUGUUUCAAACGAUCUUUACUUGGUCCACUCUAUUGGUGACCAUUCAGCUGAUCCAGCAGAUAUUACGCUUCUUAAAUCACUCCUUACAUCAGUUCCCAACAUCUAUGAUCACGUAAUUGAGGACAAAACCUUUGACCAUUUGGACUAUUUCAUGUCUAAACAUACUGGAACUUUAGUCAAUGGUCCAAUCGCCCAAAUGCUGGACAAGUACAAUCCUUGAUUCAUUUUGUCUGUUUCAAUGAAAGCACAGAGUUUCCGAACUUUUGAUCGCCAACUUGCCCAUUUCAUGGUUUUAAUUUGGAUCUAACAGUAAAUUUUUUUUCUUUGCAUCGUUAUUUUUUUACUGACUGUAGCCUAAUUUAUUAUCUCCAUUAAACGUAAAAAAGUGACAAAGCAAA